ACCCUCGGGGGCCCUCCGAAAUGCCCAGCUCUCCGGCCGCCCCCGCGUACCGGUGCAGACGCCGGCAGAGCAAAGCCAGCUCCGUUCCCAGCUGCCAUCAGAGCCGCCUCGGUGACUCAGCAGCCGUGCUGAAAGCUGCCUUAUUUAUUUAAACGGCUGCUCCCGCUCGACUGAGCAUCUCCUGCAGCGAUGCUGCCGCUGGGCCGGCUCCGGCCGCCGCUCGGCGAGGAGGAGAGCGAUCCCCAGCACCUCGAACUCCCCGGUUUGCUCUCGACGCGAUGGCUCUGACUACCUGGGCUCUCGGUCCUGCGCUGCGGCUCUGUGCCGCCGGCCCUGCUUGCUCUUGGGAGAUGCUGCACGUGGCCGGAGCAGGUGUGUGUGGCUGCUGCGGCGCCCUGCGUCCCCGCUACAAAAGACUCGUCGACAACAUCUUCCCUGAGGACCCAGAGGAUGGGUUGGUGAAGACCAACAUGGAGAAGCUGACAUUUUAUGCCCUGUCUGCCCCGGAGAAGCUGGAUCGCAUCGGCGCUUACCUCUCUGAGCGGCUGAUCCGAGACGUGAGCCGGCACCGAUAUGGGACCAGCUGGUUUGUCAAGUUUGCCAACAUCGAAGAGGACACCCCGUCUUAUCACCGCAGCUACGACUUCUUUGUCUCCCGCUUCAGUGAGAUGUGCCACUCCAGCCACGACGACCUCGACAUCCGGACGAAGAUCCGGAUGUCCGGCAUCAAAGGCCUGCAAGGAGUGGUGAGGAAGACGGUGAAUGAUGAACUCCAAGCCAACAUCUGGGACCCACAGCACAUGGACAAAAUUGUGCCCUCGCUGCUCUUCAACUUACAGCAUGUGGAGGAGGCUGAAAGCCGCUCCCCCUCCCCGCUGCAAGCCACUGAGAAGGAGAAGGAGAGUCCUACAGAGCUGGCGGAAAGGUGCCUGCGGGAGCUGCUGGGCCGGGCAGCGUACGGCAACAUCAAGAACGCCAUCAAACCCGUCCUCAUCCACCUGGAUAACCACUCGCUCUGGGAGCCGAAGAUCUUUGCAACUUGCUGUUUCAGGAUCAUCAUGUACUCGAUCCAGCCUCAGCACUCCCAUCUCGUGAUCCAGCAGCUCCUGGGGCACCUGGAUGCUAACAGCAAGAGCGCGGCCACCGUGCGCGCGGGCAUCGUGGAGGUCCUCUCGGAGGCCGCGGUGAUCGCAGCCUCCGGAUCUGUUGGCCCCACGGUGCUGGAGGUGUUUAACACCCUGCUGAGGCAGCUGCGCCUCAGCAUCGACUAUGCGCUGACGGGGAGCUACGACUGCGCCGCCGGCAUCAGCACCAAGAUCAUCAAGGAGCACGAGGAGAGGAUGUUCCAGGAGGCCGUCAUUAAAACCAUAGGGUCCUUUGCCAGCACGCUGCCCACCUACCAGCAGUCUGAGGUGAUGGUCUUCAUCAUGAACAAGGUGCCGCUACCCUCCUCACAGCAGUCCAUCGAGGCUGGCAAAGCCGGGGAGAACCGGAAUCGGCUGACACAGAUAAUGCUCCUGAAGUCCCUCCUCCAGGUCUCUGUGGGCUUCCAGUGCAGUAACAUGCUCACAGCACUCCCCAGCGCCUUCCUGGACAGGCUGCUCUCCGCAGCCCUCAUGGAGGAUGCUGAGAUCCGCCUCUUUGUCCUCGAGAUCCUCAUCAGCUUCAUCGAUCGCCAUGGGAACCGACAGAAAUUCUCCACCAUCAGCACCAUCAGCGACAUCUCGGUCCUGAAGCUGAAAGUGGACAAAUGCUCGCGCCAAGAUACUGUCUUCAUGAAGAAGCAUGGCCAGCAGCUCUACCGACACAUCUACCUGAUAUGCAAGGAAGAGAGCAACGUGCAGGCUCACUACGAGGCUCUCUACAGCAUGCUGAUGCUCAUUAGCAUCGAGCUGGCUAACGAGGAGGUCGUGGUGGACCUCAUCCGCCUGGUGCUGGCUGUGCAGGAGAUAGCCCAGAUCAACGAGGACAACUUGACAGCCUACAACCGCUGCGCGCUCUUCGCCCUCGGCGCGGCUUACCUGAACCUCAUCAGCCAGCUCACCACCGUGCCCACCUUCUGCCAGCACAUCCACGAGGUCAUCCAGAUGCGACAGAAGGAAGCUCCCUACCUGCUUCCUGAAGACGUGUUUGUGGAGAGACCCAGGUUGAGCAAGAGCCUUGACCACCUGGGCCCGGAGGUUUUCUUCUGGCAAAGCAAGAUCAGCGAGGUGCUGGGUGGUAGCGGCUACAACUCGGACAGGCUCAGCACGCCCUACAUCCCCCAGCUGACGGAUGAAGAUCGCUUGUCCAAGAGGAAGAGCAUUGGCGAGACCAUUUCCCUGCAGGUUGAGGUGGAGUCGAGGAACAGUCCUGAGCGAGAGCAGCGAGCACCAGCGGAAGAGAUCACAUAUGAGACGCUGAAGAAGGCAAUAGUAGACAGUGUCGCCGUGGAGGAGCAGGAGCGGGAACGGAGGCGGCAAGUGGUGGAGAAAUUUCAGAAAGCCCCGUUUGAGGAGAUCGCCGCCCACUGUGGUGCCCGGGCGACGCUGCUGCAGAGCAAACUCAACCAGAUCUUCGAGAUCACCAUACGGCCACCACCGAGCCCUUCUGGCACCAUCACAGCUGCCUAUGGCCAGCCCCAAAACCACUCCAUCCCGGUGUAUGAGAUGAAGUUCCCAGACCUGUGUGUGUACUGAAGGUGGCCGUGCUGGUAGGGCAGAGCCACCGCCGCACAGCUCGCACCAAAGGACCUCUUGGGGAGAGACUGCCGACCCCGCGGGGAGCGCGUCCUCGUGCAGGACGGGUGGGGACACGGACGCCGAGGCCGCCCCAAGAUUCGUUGGCACCGCAAACCCCUCUCCUGUACUUUUAUUUUGUGACCCUCUGCCUCCGCAGCCACGUUGUGCAGCGGUUGGCGGGUGCAGGAGGCUCGGGGUGCAGCGGUGUGGGGAGGUGGGUAUUUGCUGCCACCUCCCUCACUGGUUUUGUUUUUCGGGAAGGGGAGAGGGGAUGCUCCGGCUUCAGGCAGAGCACGUUGGGCACGUACAUCUUCCCGACAUAAAGCAAACCUCUUCCCCAGGAAAUCCCUCCCCUCAUCGUCUGUCAGCCAUGUCGCGAGCCCCCGCCACGGGGCAGGGCUGAACCUGGAGAAUUCAGCCUGUCAAAGGCAGGAGGGGGUUUGGGGUGCAGCGGGCCGGAGCCCAGGGCAACCGCAGAACCAAAACCUGCCCGAGCUGGUGCUUGAGGCAGAUACGGUCCCCACAUCCAACUCCUGGCCCGUGAGCCUCCAUCGUCUGUAGCCCCCUCGUUGUGUGGCCAGUUCCCCUUCACGGUGCCCCGAUGCCCGGUGCAGCACGGGGUGGCAAUUGUCCCACCCCAGUGUGGGGGCACGCAGCAGCCUGGCUGGUUCCAGGUCACUUGAAAACACAAUUUCUUUGGGAAAACCCACUUUUUUUUUGGGGGGGGAAACCCAGCAGAGCCUUGCCUCUCCCCCAGUUCACCACGGGGCUGAUGGUGACUGAGCCCAGAGGCAGCGUGCCGGUGGGGCGAUGACACGAGGCACGAGCAGCCACUGUGCUGGGGAAUAUUAACACGUGAACCCACUGUUUUCAUAUUUUUGGGUUGGGUUGUGACAGUUCUGGGGUUCCUGUCUCAAAGAGAUAAUUAUUAUUUUAUUUUAUUUUUUUUUUAGCUUUGAAAAAGUCUAAUCUUAAAUCAGCUGAGCCAUAAUCACAAGGAAACCCCCGUGCAGCAAGGAACGAGCUGCCAUAAGGUGUUUUAGAGGGUCCACCGUGUAGAUCCUGUGUCUGGCAGGCCACGGAUAGCGCCUGUCCUCGUGUAGUAGAGGAAAAUUUGGGGGGAGAUGAGACUGUCCAAGAGUUUUACGUGUGGUGGAAAAUUCUGGGUCCUACCAAACCGAAACUACAAGGUGAAGAUGGUAGGGAUGAGGAGGAGAGGUUGCUUGGGAGUAUUGAGCUGUUCACAGCGAGUAUUCAGUCCUUCCCAGGGGUUAUUCAGUCAUUCGAGGAGGACAUUCCGUUGCUCACAGGGGAUAUUUAGUUGUUCACAGGGUCUCUCCCGCUCCCAAAUGCCUUCCAAGCGUCGGUGUGCUGAGGCAAGCUCCGGAGCCCUUCUCAGUGGGACGAGCGCUGCCCGCAGCUUCCCUCGGAGCAGGCUGGGGCUGCCUGGGGGUCUCUUCUGCGAGCUCGGGCAGCCCCUUCCCCUCGGGCCAGCCACGCUGCGUCCGCCCGAGCUGCCUCAAGAGACGCAGAACGCUCUGAAGCUGCGGACGCGGGAGCUGCUUCUGCCCAUUGCAGAGGGGCAGCAGGUAAAGGCUCUGCCUGUGCCCCACCGGCUUCCUUCAGCCACGACCCCUUCCUCUGCCCCUCUCGCUGCAGAUCUUCAGACAUAUAUUUUAAGCUAUAAUGACACAUCACCAUCCCCUC